CGGAACCCAUUGAUGUGCUAAAAGCAUUAGAAUUUCACAGUUCACCAGAAGGAGUGUCAAGAACAACAGGAUUUUGCACAAACAGAAGGGAUUCAAAAGGAUCAGAUGUCGCCUACAGAGUUUCAAAAACUGCACAGCUGAGUGCCCCAACAAAGCAGCUGUACCCAGGUGGAGACUUUCCAGAAGAUUUUUCGAUAUUAAUGACAGUAAAACCUAAAAAGGGUAUCCAGUCCUUCCUUCUGUCUGUCUACAAUGAGCAAGGAAUUCAGCAAGUAGGUGUUGAAGUUGGUAGAUCCCCUGUCUUCUUAUUUGAAGACCAAAAUGGAAAACCUGCCCCAGAAGACUAUCCUCUUUUCAGAACAGUCAACAUUGCUGAUGGCAAAUGGCAUCGAGUAGCUAUUAGUGUGGAGAAAAAAAGUGUUACAAUGAUUGUUGACUGUAACAAAAAAACUACAAAACCACUUGAAAGAAGUGACAAAACAGUUGUGGACACCAAUGGCAUCACUGUCUUUGGAACCAGGAUUCUGGAUGAAGAAGUCUUUGAGGUAAAAAUCAAAACUGAACAAAUGGAAUUGUGUGAUUUUUUGUUGAGUGAAGUGCUUAAUGCAAAUCAGAAUAAGUCUUUUAGGGCAACAACUG